CUCAUCUGCAGUCAACAUAUCGUUUUCACCGGAGAAACAACCACAGCUUAAAUAGGAGAAAAAGUCGGAAUCGCAAAAAAAAAAAAAAGGAAAAACUCACACAGUUGUUUAAAUUCAUAAGUACAUUUUUUGAAAAAUUGUAGGUAGAGGUAAUCAAGUAAACAUUUUGAUCUCAAUUCGAUAUAGCAAAUAUUUUUUUCACAAGUAUCAUAGUUAUCAAUAUAUCUAUGCAAGUAUCAAGCCCGUGCAUAAAUACCAAAUUCAACGAUUCAUAAAGAAUGGCUCACCAAAUUUGUCCAGCCGAUCAAGAUACCGUUGAUCUUAUAAAGAAGCAUUACCCUUCCGAUGUUGAAUUUAAAUACGUGAGAAUAAAUGGAGUGUUGCUAUCGGAGUAUUACCUAAAAUCUAUCGAUCUCGUUGAAAAUUUUCGAAUCCGCGACGACGAUGUUUGGGUUUGCAGCUUUCCAAAGACUGGAACAACAUGGAGUCAGGAAAUGGUGUGGUGUGUUAAUAAUGACUUGGAUUUUGAAAGGGCUAAGGUACCGCUAACGGAAAGGUUUCCAUUUUUUGAAUGCUCUGCCGUAUUUGGAGGACUGUUAUAUCCAGAUGGAAAACCUGAUAGCGAUAUACCGGAAUAUUUUGCAGACUGCAUUAGUUUUGUUGAAAAAUUACCAUCGCCCCGUUUCAUCAAAACUCAUCUUCCGUUUCAUCUUCUACCGCGGCAGCUUCGAAGUGGAGAAACGAAAGCAAAGAUCGUGUACGUCUUCCGUAAUGUAAAAGAUACUUGCAUCUCUUACUACCAUCACACACGAUUAUUCGACGGUUAUGAAAAAAACUUUGAUAGUUUUGCCGAGCUCUUUCUCCAAAAUGCAUUGCAUUAUGCACCAUUUUGGGAUCACGUGUUGAGUUAUUGGAAUUUGAGAAAACGAGACAAUAUGCUCAUUUUGAAAUACGAGGACAUGAAAAGGGACUUACCUUCAAUAAUAAAAAAUACCGCGACCUUCUUUGGCAAAAAUUUAACCAGUGAUCAACUGACGACACUCACACAACAUCUGAGUUUCUCUAGUAUGAGGGAAAAUCCGGCAGUUAACAACGACCAGCUUUCAGCUCAUGUUCAAAAAAUUCUACAGACCAAACGCGAGGGUAAAUUUAUGAGAUCCGGAGCUAUGGAUCAAUGGAAAACUGUCAUGACGUCAGAGCUUACAAAAAAAUUUGACGAUAUGACCGCGCGGAAAUUAGAGGGUACCGGAUUAUCAUAUUAAGAUAUAAUACGGAGGCUUCAAGAAUUUUAUUACGAUAAGUUACGAUAGUUGAAAACAUGGUGUUACUGUGUACAAAAGAGCAAAUAUCGAAACGCCAGCAAAUUAAAAAAUUGAAGUAUUGUAUUAUUUAAAUUUCUUUGGUUGUAUAAUUUCAAAAUAAAUCGAGUUUCUGGUGGCGCAUA